CGGGAGGGGGAGGGGGCGGGGGCGCGGGAGGUGGGGCCGCCGUCGCCGUCAAGGCCCCUGGGAGCGCGGGGCGCCGCCGCAGCCGCCGCUCGUCGGCCGGCCGCUGUGUCUCCGGGGCCGAGGCGGGAGUCGGGCCGGGGGAGCGCGCCCCGCGCCGCCGUCCGCGGGCAUCAUGCGCCCCGUCCCCGGGUCUCGGCGGGCGCCCGCCGCGGGGACCCCCGGGCCUCCGGGCCGCCGGGCGUGAGGGACCCCGCGCUCCCCGCUUCUCCGCGCCCCGGGGGGACCGGGCUCCUGACGCUCCCCGCCGCGACCGGUCGCCGAUCUCCGUUAUGGCAACGCGGCCGCCGCCGGCCGUCCGGGUGGAGGCGCCCGCAGCCCAGGACGCCCCCGGGGGGACCCCGCGCUGCGCGGGCGGCGGGCUGCGCUUCCUCAACGGCUGCGUGCCGCUGUCGCAUCAGGUGGCCGGGCACAUGUACGGCAAGGACAAAGUGGGUAUUCUGCAGCACCCGGAUGGCACGGUACUCAAACAGUUGCAGCCACCCCCAAGGGGUCCGAGAGAGCUAGACUUCUAUAAUAUGGUCUAUGCUGCUGAUUGUAGCGACGGAGUUCUUUUGGAGCUACGGAAACAUUUGCCAAAGUAUUAUGGCGUGUGGUCACCUCCCACUGCACCUAAUGAUUUAUACCUUAAACUGGAAGAUGUGACCCACAGAUUCCAUAAACCCUGUAUAAUGGAUGUAAAAAUAGGGCGAAAAAGCUACGAUCCUUUUGCCUCAUCUGAGAAGAUCAAGCAACAGGUCAGCAAGUACCCAUUAAUGGAAGAGAUUGGCUUCUUGCUGCUUGGCAUGAGGGUCUACCGUGUUCAUUCUGAUGACUACGAGACGAAAAACCAGCACUACGGAAGAAGCUUAACAAGAGAAACACUGAAGGACGGAGUCGCCAAGUUUUUUCAUGAUGGGUUCUGCUUACGGAAGGAUGCCAUUGCUGCCAGUAUUCAGAAAGUCAAGAGCAUCCUGCAGUGGUUUGAAAGCCAGCAGCAGCUGAAUUUUUAUGCAAGUUCAUUACUGUUUGUUUAUGAAGGUUCAUCUCAACCAACUACUACAAAAUCAAACGACAGAACUUUAGCAGAGAAGUUUCUGGGCAAAGGACAACUGUCAGACACGGAUGUACUGGAAUAUAAUAACAACUUUCAUAUGUUAAGCUCUCCGGCCAAUGGAAAAAUAGAGACUCCGGUAGGCAAAAGCUUGUCCAAGAUGUAUGCCCGUCACAGAAAAAUGUAUUCAAAAAAACAUCACAGCCAGACGUCCUUGAAGGUUGAGAAUACAGAGCAGGACAAUGGGUGGGAAAGCAUGUCACAGGAACAUCUAAACGGAAAUGUCAUUUCCCAGUUGGAAAAAGUUCUCUGUCAUCUUCCAGCUGGUUGCCGAGAGAUUGCAGAAGUCGAAGUGAGGAUGAUCGAUUUCGCUCAUGUGUUCCCGAGCGGCACGACGGACGAGGGAUACGUUUAUGGGCUGAAGCAUCUGAUUGCCGUACUGCAGAGUAUUUUAGACAGCUGACUCCUUGACUGCAGUAUCUGGAACUGCCGGGUAGGGCGAUCAUAGAGUUGAGCGACAGUUAAAACUUCUGAACUUGUAAUGCUAUGUAAAAAGUUUGUAUUGUCCCUAUUUUAUUUGUCUUUAUACUUUUUGGUAGAAGGGUUCACUUUUUUAUAACCUUACUCAGGAAAACUAAUUAUUUGUUCAUUAGAAAACUAUGAAGAAUCCAGAAACCUAGGAAGGCCAAGCAGGGAAUGUGGUGGUACAUUGUUUAACCAUCUAUUUGGCUCAAGUAAAAUGCAAACAGUUACUCAGCCAUGAAGAAUUUAGUUAGCUCUCUAGAGCGGUUACAUUAUCACGAAACUUCUGUCCACUCAGUUUUGACAAUGAGCCCUAACUAAACUCAUUACAUUAUUAAAUAUCCUCUCAGAAACUUUGAAAGCACAGAUUGAUGUCCUUACUUAUCACUAUGUUUGGAAGUGAUUAAAACUGGAGAAGUUCUGCUUCAGAAGUAAGUACUGCUUAGGCUCUACAGCAAACGUUUAGCCCAGCAUAUUAAAAAGGUGCUUCUUAGUGGGAAAUGAUCUGGAAUUACUGCAUUCGAAAAAGAAGAUUUCCCUUUAUUUUUCUCCUGUGUUUGCAUAGUUCAAAACAUCAAACUUCAUGAUAAAGAGAAUUGAAAUAGGUAACAACAACAGCAGCAACAGAAAUCUUAAAAUUAUGGGCACUAAUCAUUCUUGCCUGGGGUUAGGAGAAAAGCUAGCUUUAAGUGUCCCAUUAUUUUUCUUUAUUUUUUUUUUUAAUUCAAGAGAUUUAUAGAGAAAAGUCUUACCGAUACAUACAUCUCUUCUUACUGAAACUUCAGAAAGAUAAUUGAAGUUUUGUCUCAUCUCCUUUAAAACAAUGUUUGAGAUUUCCUUUAAAAUUAUAUUUAUAUAUACUCAUUUACAUAAACAGUAUAACUAAGUUGCUAAAAAAUGCUUCUCAUAAUGCUAGCAAGAGAUGGACAACAUCUAUCUUUGUAUUAUCAGAAGUACUCUGUAGAUUAGAACAUUGUAAAUAGAUUUUGAUGCUUAUCUAAAGCUAUACUUUUACUUCCAAACAGCCUUAUAUUCAAGAGAGAAAUUAUAGUUUAAGUUCAUGGAGGGGGGGGCGGUCUUAUUUUUGGAAAAACUAGUUUCCUAAGUGUUCAACAUCUUCCACCUUUUUUGAAAAUUAUUAUUGAGUAAUGUGGAGUAUGUUCGUUCUUACUGUGUUCUCUUUGACUCAUUAGAAUACUAAUGAAUACUAAACAGUUUUUCUGUGUUUCUGGGGAAUGUUUUAGUAGAGUUAAGUCCUCACAGCAUGCCCCAAUAAAUCAAACUUUCGAAUCCAGGGAAAGUGUUUAUCUUGCCUUUCUAACUCUAGAGAAUUUAGCAAACAGCUUAACACACAGAGAGAUGCUAAAAGCUGUCUACAUUCUGUGCUUACUAAAUCUAUCAAACCUGAACAGCUAAAAUUAAAAUGCCUCUUGCUAUGGCAACAGUUUAUUUAUUUAUUUAUUUUUAGUGAGUUAGUGUAUAUAUUUUCCAUUGAAAAAUUAGACUCUACUAAGUUGGUAGCAGCUGCAAAUUUUUUUAUUUUGGGAUGGAUUUAAAGUGAGAAUUAGUGGUUAUCUUUUAGUUAAUGGUUGUCUUUUACUCUUUGCCUGAAUUACAGAUGUAUGUUGUUGUUGUUAUUUGUAUAGCGGUUCUUUAAUAAAAGUCGAGCUUAGGUAAUGAAACACUAUUUUGGAUCUUAAGAUGAGGUGUUUUUUUUUUUUUGGGGUGUGUGUGGACAUUAUAUUUAAUGAAAGUAUUAUCUGAUUUUUUUUUUUUUUGCACACUUUAGCUCAAUAGAGUAAUCCGUUCCAGAUUUUGUUUACCCAUAUUUGGAAACAUAGUUUUGUAAACUCAGAGUCUUAAAACUUUUUGAUGUACUAGAUCAUACUUUGUUUCAAUAAAACAAGUUCUUUUGUUGUUGUUUUUCAGGGAAGGGAUUAACAUUUAAUUUUGUUUACAUUUUUUUUUAUCACUGUUAUCUAGUCAACCCGUUUCAUGUUGCAUGUGACUAUUGUACUAUUUAGUCCAGCAUCCCUUAUAUUAUGCUGAUAAUUACCACUUUGGAAGUGAGUGAUCACUCCCCAUCAAGCAUACUUAAACAUGUAAAUGUUUACAUAAUAAGUAUGAUCCAAGUCUGGGCUAAAGGAAUUAGCAUAGUGCUCCCCUUCUUCCCAGGAAAACAUAAGUUUCAAUUUAAUGUAUUUCUUAGGAAUGCACAAAUAAAAAAGGAAAU